GAGAUAGAUAAAAGGGAAGCCAGGAGCUGGGGGAGACCAUAGAGGCAGCAGGGAAGCAGACACAAGCACUGGCAGCAGACGCACAGGCAGUGGGCAACCGACACAGGCAGCAGCCACAAUUUUCUGGCGUCUUGCGUUCCAGCCAAGAUGGGUCUGAAAGCAGCUGAGAUAGGUUUCAGCAUCUUGGUGUUGUUCCAAUACAGUUAUGCUUACAAGCUAGUCUGCUACUAUACCAGCUGGUCCCAGUACCGGGAUGGAGAUGCCUCAUGCCUUCCAGAUAACAUUGAUGCCAACCUGUGCACCCACAUCAUCUACAGCUUUGCCAACAUAAGCAAUAAUCAGAUUGAUACCUGGGAGUGGAAUGAUGUAACACUCUAUGAAAUGCUGAAUGAGCUCAAACAAAGGAACACCAAACUGAGGACACUCUUGUCUGUGGGUGGAUGGAACCUGGGUACCAAGAGGUUCUCUAGCAUGGCGUCCCAAACUGAGAGCCGGAGGACCUUCAUCAACUCAGUCACAACAUUCCUGAGGACACACAACUUUGACGGCCUGGACCUAGCCUGGCUCUACCCGGGACGGAGAGACAAAGAAAACUAUAACUCAUUGCUUCAGGAAAUGGCGGAUGAAUUCUCGAAAGAAGCUCAGAGGACUGGAAAGGAGAGACUUCUGCUCAGUGCAGCACUGCCUGCCGGGAGGAUAGCGCUUGAUGCAGGUUAUGACAUCCCCAAGAUCUCUAAGCACUUGGAUUUUAUCAUUCUCAUGACUUAUAACUUCCAUGGACCCUGGAAAAAGACCACAGGACACCACAGCCCCCUGUACAGGGGAAAGAAAGAUGAUAGUUACAGCAAUGUUAGAUACACUGUGAACUAUAUGCUGUCAAAGGGGGCCCCAGCCAGCAAACUGAUCAUGGGUAUCCCAACCUUUGGGAAUAGUUUCACCCUAUCCUCUUCGGAUUCUGAAGUUGGAGCAGCAAUAUCAGGACCUGGGACUGCCGGAGUCUACACCCAGCAGCCAGGGAUCCUGGCCUAUUAUGAGGUCUGUGAAUUCCUCCCUGGGGCUAUUGUUAAUCGGAUUUUGGAACAAAAGGUCCCCUAUGCCACAAAAGGCAACCAAUGGGUGGGCUAUGAGGAUCAGGAAAGUGUCAGAGUCAAGGCACAGUACUUGAAGACCAUGCAACUGGCAGGAGCCUCGGUGUGGGCUCUUGACUUGGAUGACUUCCAGGGCACCUUCUGCAAUCAGAAGCCCUUCCCCCUGACAGCAGCCAUCAAGGAUGCCCUCUUCUCUACUUAGACCCUGGAUUGCCAUCCAUCUCUUCUUCCCAUCCUUUCUGCUUCUCCUCUGGUGCCAGAGUUCAAGUGUAACAC